AUGGACCAGAGCCGCCCUAAGAAAGAAUCUUUGGAGAAACUUUUUGAUCCAAAAGAAUUUUUGAAAACUUAUUAUUCCUUUGACUCUACAAGCAGUGAAAAAAAUGAUAUUUUGAUGUUUCUUCUGAGAAACUUCUUUAAGACCUUCAUUUUGGAUGGCGUUAAAGGCAACACCCUGAUUCAUAUUGGCGGUGGACCCAGCAUUUGCGAACUGCUCUCUGCCUGUGAGUCCUUCCAGGAGAUCAUUGUCACAAACCACACGGAUCGGAACUGCCAGGAACUGCAGAAAUGGCUAAAGAAAGAGCCGGGAGCAUUUGACUGGACUCCGCUGGUGAAAUACGUGUGUGAGCUGGAAGGGGACAGGAAAAAGUGGGCUGAGAAGGAACAGAAAUUACAAAGAACGGUCAAGCAGGUUCUGGAAUGUGAUGUCACCAAAUUCAACCCUGUGACCUUUGCCUCUCUGCCCCCUGCUGACUGCCUGUUCUUGUACCAUUCUUUAGAAGCAAUUUGCAAAGACCUGAGUGCCUACCGAGCUGGCCUGAAGAAUGUCAGCUCCCUGUUAAAGCCAGGGGGUCAUUUGCUGAUAGUGACCACAAUGAAGUGUAGUCAUGUUGUAGUUGGCCAACACAAGUUUCCCUGCCUCUUUUUGGAGAAGGAGUUUCUGGAGGAAGCAGUGAAGGAGGCCGGUUAUGAUAUUUUGCAGUUUGAGGUGACUCCCAUAUGCCAUACAGCUAGUUUGGUAGAUCAUGAGGGGAUCUCUUACCUAGUUGCUUCCAAAGGGAAGGGCAAAGAAUAUGAAAAAGAAAAUACAUCAGCCCAAGGCAAGUAGAGAGGCAGAAUAGAUUAGCUGUAGAUGCUGGUAGACCUGAAAAUCAAUGUGCGCUAUGGAGCUUUGAUGACCUCCAAGCACCUUGGAGAACCUGUUUGUUCAGGAUGCACCAGCUUGAACCCCUUGUUGUGCCACUAAAGCUGCCCUCAUCUCUGUCCUUUCCCAUUCAGAGCUGCCAUAAUGUCUCCCUGGCCUCCAACCCCACUGUGCUUCAUCCAGUGCAGCUGCACCCUACAGUGCUUCAUCCUCUCCCUGCUCUUGCCAUGUUUUGCCUAGUCUCAUGCUGCAGCUGUGCAAUUAAUAAUAAUUACAUAAUGAAUCAUAUAAAGUCCUUCUCACUGCUAAUGGACUGGAGCCUGCUCCCAGUAGUCAGUGGCAAAACUCCUAUUGGCUUCAGUGGUGCAGCACUGGGCCCAAUCAGUGCUGGAUUUGGAAUUAUUGAUGGAUGAGGUUUAGAAAGAGGAUCAAAACACAUCUACAGGCCUAACCACCGCAGACCUUUAAGAACAGAGGUUCUGCCCCUGAGCUGACUCUACAUUCAAAUUCCACAAAUAGCUACAUUUGAUAAUGGUUGAGCUACUCCUUUCUUACCACAAAUUUUGGAACUCACACCCAUGUCACGUGUUUAGUUUUGUGCCUUUCUAUGCCAUCUGCACUAGAUUGUGAACUGCUUGGGGCAGGCAUCAUGCCUCCUUGGGAGUCUUGUCUCCCGGCACUGAGAACAUGGCUCACACUGGACACAUUGUUAUCAAUAACGGCAAUAACCUCACUGUGAUUUUAACAUUGAUCAGUUUGUACUGAUUGGCUGGGGCUUGAGAGCUGCAUUGGCCCAUGGUGUUGGAUAAAUGAUUUGUUUUGGUGAAUAAUUGCAAUCUCCACCCAAUCGGUGCUUGCCUAAUAAAGAUCUGUUUCCCAUACGCAAUAAUCUGUGUUUCCAGGUCUUAUUAUUACCUUUGCAGAAGGAGAUUUACAGGUUAAUAUAUCUGGAUUAAAACUAUACCAGUAUGUCUACACAGGGAUAAAAAACCCGAGGCUGGCCCGGGUCAGCUGACCAGGGCUCAUGGGGAUUGGAUUCCGGGGCUGGAAAAUUGCUGCAUAGACAUUUGGGCUUGGACUGGAGCCCGAGCUCUGGAACCAGACCAGCCACAGCCAUGCCCGGCAUGCAGCUCUUUUACCCCUGUGUAGACAUACCCUGAGUC